GUGUCUCUGGUUUGGGUAAAUAAAUCAACAUGAUUAGACGGCAUGAAAAAAAAAAUAACAAAAAAUAUUAAUAUGAAAGGCAUGGGUAUAGCACAAACAUGUCAGAAUCUUAAUAAAAAAAUGAUAAUUUAGACAAAUAUUUAUAUCGUGUAAAAAUAAUAUGCAACGAAAAAGGAAAAAUACAAAUACACCCCCACGGUAUUAACCAAAUAUGAAAGAGCAGCAAAAGCGAAUCAAAAAGGCCCCAACAAAUAAUAAAACAAAAAUUGGAAAAAACCAGCAAUAGCCGUCCACGUACCCAAAUUUAUUUCGACGGUCAUCUUUCUCUUCCCCCUUUGGCAUUUGUCCCCACCAACUUUGAUUUUGUCACAAUGCAAAUGGGUUUCUGUCAUAAGAUGGAUUUGUGGGUGUUAGGGGCUCUGAACAUGAAAUUUUUAAAUAAAUAAAUAAAACUAACAAGAGAUCAAUGGUCAGAAAAGGGGCUAAGAAAUCAGGCUUUUUAGCAACAAGGAGAGGCUAGGAUUGCUCUCAAAUCCAAUGACAUUACUCAAAAAUACCCUUCCCUUAUCUUAUCAUCUCCUCUCCAUACCCUUUUUCACUCUCUAAAAACACCAGCCCUUUUCUUUCUUCUGCAUAUUUUCACUCAUUAAUCUCCUAUCAUCUUUACGUAAACCACAUUAUUUUGGACUUCAAACUAAGCUUUUCAGCUCCAUUUUCAUUCAAGUUUUUGAAUUGGGUUUUUAUUAUAUCUGUAGCCUUUUCUUUUUCGAUAUAAGAAAUGGCCCCAAGGUCAGGGAAAAGCAAGUCAAGUAAAGCAAAAGCUGAGAAGAAGAAGAAAGAGGAGAAAAUUGUUCCUUAUGUUCUUGACAUCACUGUCAUUACUCCUUAUGAAACUCAAGUUGUGCUCAAGGGUAUUUCCACUGACAAGAUACUUGAUGUAAGAAGGCUGUUGGCUUCUCAUGUGGAGACAUGUCACCUUACAAACUAUUCUUUUGCUCAUGAGGUCAAAGGGAAGAGAUUGAGUGACAAAGUGGAAAUGGUUACCUUGAAACCAUGUUUGCUCAAAAUGGUUGAAGAGGAGUAUGCGGAGGAAGCUGAGGCGGUGGCUCACGUGCGGAGACUGGUAGAUAUUGUAGCAUGCACCUCCAGGUUCUCGAGGCCUAAACGUCCCCGAUCACAAUCCUCAUCAGCGCCGUCAGAUUCAAAAGCCAAAAAGGUCAAUAGGCCCAACAACUACGCUCUUCCACCUGCGCCCUCGGAUGGCGGAACGACGCCGAUUCCGGAGAACUUGGACAUGGCUGCCAUUCAUCCCACCCCGAAAUUAUCGGAAUUUUACGAUUUCUUCUCAUUCUCUUACCUCUCUCCUCCGAUUCUCAAUUUGAGGAAAUGUGACCCCAAGGAUGUAGAAGGGUGGCGUGACGGUGACUAUUUUGUAAUGCAGAUAAAAAUCUGCAACGGGAAGUUGAUACAAGUGGUUGCAUCAAUAAAAGGGUUUUACACUGUUGGAAAGCACUUCUUCAAGAGCCACUCUUUGUUAGAUCUUUUGCAAAACCUCAGUCAAGCCUUUGCCAAUGCAUAUGAAUCCCUUAUGAAGGCAUUUGUAGGACACAAUAAGUUUGGUAAUCUUCCCUAUGGAUUUCGGGCAAAUACAUGGCUUGUCCCUCCCCCUGUUGCUGAGUGUCCAGCAAACUUCCCCUCUUUCCCAUCAGAAGAUGAAGAAUGGGGUGGUAAUGGUGGAGGUCAGGGAAGAAAUGGUGAAUAUGAUCUUCGGCCAUGGGCUACAGAUUUUUCAAUUUUAGCCAGCCUUCCUUGCAAAACCGAAGAGGAGAGGAUUAUUCGAGAUCGCAAGGCCUUUUUGCUCCAUAGCCAGUUUAUUGAUGUCUCAAUCUUUAAAGCUGUUGCUGCAAUACAACAUGUCAUGAAUUCCAGAUUAAAUGUCAAGGGCCAUCCAGACUCUGUCCUUCAUGAGCAUCGCACAGGUGACUUGUCCAUUUUAGUAAAACAUGACUCGGAAGAUGUGAAACUUGAGUGUGGGGUAAAGGUUGCUGGCCAUCAAUCAUCUGGCAUGACUACCAGUGAAACUGCUCGAAGGAAUUUACUUAAAGGGAUAACUGCAGAUGAGAAUGUAGUUGUUCAUGAUACUUCUGCAUUGGGCACUGUCAUUGUUAGACACUGUGGGUACACUGCAAUUGUAAGUGUUGUUGGUGAUGUGAAGAAGGAAAAAUCUGGUGCUCGGGAUAUUGAAAUUGAUGAUCAACCAGAUGGAGGAGCGAAUGCUCUUAAUAUUAACAGUCUAAGGGUUUUACUUCACAAAUCCAGCCCUGCGGAAGUAACUGGUGGAGGACAGUCAAAUCAGUCCAACUUGAUUGAUUCCAAAUCUUCUAGAUAUCUUGUUCAGCGAGUAAUUAAAGAGAACUUGACAAAAUUAGAGGAGAACUCAGCUGCCCCUGAAAGGACUAUUAGAUGGGAACUUGGUUCUUGUUGGGUGCAGUAUCUACAAAAGCAGGAAACUUCAACAGAUGCUACUUCAAAAGGACUUGCAAAUGAUCAGGAGGCUGAAGCUGCUGUCAAGGGUCUUGGAAAGCAGUUUAAAUUUUUAAAGAAAAGGGACAAAAAACCAAGUAAUAUCAGUAGCACAGUUGAGAAGGAAGACAAUGAUUCUGAGUUAUGCAGUGAGGAUGUGAAGUCUAAUCUAGGACAGGAAAGCAACGUUGAGUUGAGCAGUGAGAUGGAAUUGAAGCACCUGAUUUCUAAAGAAGCCUUCUCACGUCUUGAACAAAGUGGAACGGGUCUUCACUUAAAGUCAGCUGAGGAGCUUAUUAAGAUGGCAUGCAAGUAUUAUGAUGACAUUGCUUUACCAAAGCUGGUAACAGAUUUUGGAUCGCUUGAACUUUCUCCCGUUGAUGGUCGUACGCUAACUGACUUCAUGCAUUUAAGGGGAUUACAGAUGCACUCUUUGGGUCGUGUGGUUGAACUUUCUGAGAAGCUUCCUCACAUACAAUCACUUUGCAUCCAUGAGAUGAUUACUCGAGCUUUCAAGCAUGUAGUGAAAGCAGUUGUGGCAUCAGUUGAGAAAAUUGAGGAUUUACCUGUGGUUAUAGCUUCAACCCUGAAUUUCUUACUUGGAAGUUGCGGAGUGGAUGUUAAUGCCUCAAGUGCAAAUGAUGACUAUUUUCUCAAACUGACGUGGUUAAGAAAGUUCCUUGGAGCAAAAUUCGGUUGGAAACUGAAAGAUGAAUUCCAACAUUUAAGGAAACUUUCUGUUCUUCGCGGACUUUGCUAUAAGAUUGGUCUAGAGUUGGUUCCUAGAGAUUAUGAUAUGGAAUGCCAAGAACCGUUCAGAAGUUGUGAUAUUAUUAGCAUGUAUCCUGUUUGUAAGCAUGUAGGAUGCUCUUCUGCUGAUGGCAGAACAUUGUUGGAGUCAUCCAAGAUUGCUCUUGACAAAGGAAAACUAGAGGAUGCGGUUAACUAUGGGACAAAGGCAUUGACAAAGAUGAUAGCUGUAUGCGGUCCUUAUCAUCGAACUACUGCAAGUGCUUACAGUCUUCUUGCUGUUGUUCUCUACCAUACUGGAGAUUUCAAUCAGGCAGCCGUAUAUCAACAGAAAGCUUUGGAUAUUAAUGAGAGGGAGCUUGGUCUUGACCAUCCAGAUACCAUGAAAAGCUAUGGGGAUCUUUCUGUAUUCUAUUAUCGGCUCCAACACAUGGAAAUGGCUUUGAAAUAUGUAAACCGUGCCUUAUUCCUUCUUCAUUUUACUUGUGGAUUGUCUCACCCUAACACUGCCGCAACAUAUAUAAAUGUGGCUAUGAUGGAAGAAGGCAUGGGAAAUGUUCAUGUUGCUCUUAGAUAUCUACAUGAAGCUCUUAAGUGCAACCAGAGACUGCUUGGAGCUGAUCACAUACAGACUGCCGCAAGCUAUCAUGCUAUUGCCAUUGCUCUUUCAUUGAUGGAAGCUUAUUCAUUAAGUGUGCAACAUGAGCAAACUACACUCAAGAUACUUCAAGCAAAACUCGGACCAGAUGACCUUCGUACCCAGGAUGCUGCUGCCUGGCUUGAAUAUUUUGAAUCAAAAGCUCUAGAACAGCAAGAAGCAGCACGAACUGGAACUCCGAAGCCAGAUGCAUCAAUUGCAAGCAAAGGUCAUCUUAGUGUAUCAGAUCUCCUCAAUUACAUUAGUCCCGAUCAAGAUUCUAAAGGAAGCGAUGUGCAGAGGAAGCAGCGGCGUUCCAAGGUGUUACAGAUUAGUGAUAAAACCCAUGAUACACGUAACAACUUACAAACAGAUGGUGCUGUGUUUGUUGAUGCAACAGAUAAAGCUACGGCAACUGUGGAUAUUAAUGAAAUAGGUACCCUGUCUUCUAUUCAUCCCGAAGAACCAGAAGAAACCGAUAAUAUUUAUAGUAUUGAGCCAACUGUUACAACUGAAGUUGUUGAAGAUACAACUUCAGAUGAAGGGUGGCAAGAAGCCAAUUCGAAAGGUCGGUCAGGAAAUGCCACUGGAAAGAAGUAUGGAAGGAAGAAACCAGUUUUUGCAAAGCUAAAGGUGAAUGGUUGUGAAUAUUCAAAUGGUAGAGAGAGUGGGAGUAGGCGAGACAUUAUCUCACCAGCAGGAAAAACUGUCCCGAAGAACAUUAUAAAGGAAAUGCAAACAGUAAAGCAAUCUAAGUCUUCCAGCUUGAAUCCUAGAGGGAUUUCAAUUGGUUUACCUGCUUCUGUUUCCAGAGGUUCCUCCCCUUCAGCAAAUCUUAGUGCCAUUGCUUCAAAAUCACUUUCUUACAAAGAAGUAGCUGCGGCACCUCCAGGUACAGUUCUAAAGCCAUUAUUGGAACCAAGUGAGGGAAAAAUGGAACAGUCAAUGUGCGCCGAGACAGCAAAUGUAGAGGAUGGGAACAACAUCUCUGUUGUCGAUGAUGUAGUGGAUGACAAUGAUGAAACUGAAGGAACUCAUGAUACUGAAAGUCAGUCGGAAGAAACUGCUCCUGAAAUUGAUAAGGUGUCUUCUUGUAGUCAGGAAAAAGGUUUAGAAGCAAAAGGGAGUAAGCUAUCGGCAUCAGCUGAACCAUUCAAUCCCGGAGCACUCUAUCACCCGUUAAACUCAGUUUCUGUUACAUGUGUUUAUGAUGUAACAGCUAGUCAAGGCAUGCUUGCUGAGCCUGUUGUACCUCCAGUUGCUGCUCGAGUUCCUUGCGGGCCAAGGUCGACAUUGUUUUACACAAACAAUAAUUCUUACGGUAGCUUUCUUAGAUACCAAACUCCUAUUUUGGAACAAAAUGGAUUUGGAUCUCCGAGAGUUAUGAACCCUCAUGCACCUGCGUUCGUUCCAAGCAAAAUUUGGCAAAUGACUGGAACUGGUGAUUUGAGUGUCUCUGAAGAAGCUAUGAACACAGAAGUGAAGGAAGUUGAUAAGAAGUCGAGUAGGGAAGUUAACGGUUCUAAUCCAAAAAAGAGCAGCGCGGAGGAGAAAUCUGAGCUCGCAAGGCAGAUUUUGCUUAGCUUCAUUGUCCGGUCCGCCAAGCAGAACAUGGAUGGUGCAUGUGAGGCUUUAAUCAAUGACAAAAGGCUCAACCAUUCCCAAAACUCUUCGGAUGCAGUUACAAGAGACACUGCAAUAAUAAAAUUUCUAUAUGGGAAUGAAGGAAAGGACUUGGAUUCUCAAUCCGGUAGCAAUGAAGAACCAAAAGCGUUGGAUGAAAAUAAAAAGAAACCCGGAGAUGGCGAAGGCUUUACAGUUGUAAAGAAACGGCGGAAAAACAGGCAGCAGCUUACUAAUGUAGUCACUGGGCUAUAUAAUCAGCAAUCCAUAUGUGCUUCUGCAAGGUGAAGAAAUAACCUGAGGAAAAUAACAGUGUAAGUGUCAUCAUGUUCCAUUUCCAGUUUUAUUUAUUAUCAUAUCCUUGCUUCCAUAUUAACAAAGCAAUUUGGAGUGAAGCCUGGUUCUUUAGUUCCUACUUAAUUUUGAGAACAGCUUGGUAUUAUGCUAAUAAUCUCUGCAAAUUGGUUCUCUUGUUUAGAGAUUUUGUUUGAUCAAUAAAAAGGCCAAUUCGUAA